CUUGUUUCUGAUCCCAUUGCUGCAUGUCUGUACUCCGCUACUACGCACUAUCUUUGUAGAUUGAUAUUGAGCCAACUAUGGAACACGCCUCACAGAAGGAACCAUCGGCACUUAGCCUUACAUCUCUCCCACUCGAUGUCGUGUACGAGAUCUUCUCAGAACUCACGCCGUUGGACCUUCUCCAUAUAUGCUGGACAAGCCGAGAGCUUAGACGGGUCAUGAUGUCUAAACAGUCUGUCACUGUCUGGAUGUCGGCACGCAAGGUGCGCAACGAUGUGCCGGCGUGCAGAUCCGAUGUGUCCGAGCCGCAGUGGGCAUACCUACUAUUUGGACCACCGAUAUGCCAGCUUUGCGGCCAGGAUGCUCCUGGGCGUCCCAACCUUCAGCUCACACGUCGGGUUUGCAUGAGCUGCCUGGCGGCAAACACGAUAGCAGAGUACGAUAUCCCGAAGCAUUUUCCUGAGGUCAGCGCGGAGAUGGAAAUCGCCAAGUAUGUUCCUUCAGCACGCACCGCGUUAGUUGGGUUCCCGCCUCGCGAGAAAGGGCUGCAAUACUGGACUGGAGACGUUCAGGAUGUCGUCUCCCAGCUGACGAAGCUUCACGCUGACGUCGAAGCGGGGAAGGAAGGAGCACAGGUGGCUUUGGAUGACUACAAAGCCUCUCGCAGGACUGUCAUGCGCGAUUGUCUCAAGUAUGGCGCAGCAGGCGAACUCUGGCUGAGGCGCGACACGCGCGAUAGAGUUGCGCUGAUUCGAAUCUAAACAAUCUGAUCGCUGUUAGAGGACGAGCACGUUCCAGCGUCAAUGAAUGGCGUCCCGGAUUAUGGUGUAUAUUUCCCCAACAGAACCGCACGUAACACGUUUGCUGGACGAGAGCCCCAAGUCUGGACGAUGGCCGCAAUGAUAGGCGUUGAGAAGGUCUUCGCCAGCUUGAGGGCACGUUAACGGAAUGAUGCCUCGAUGUCUUAAACAGCCACAGGAUUUAAACCACUGGUACGAAAAGCUGCCCGCAGAUAAUUUCUCUGUCGGUGGAUGAUGCCGG